ACCAAUCAUCAGCUGUGUUAGGCUGUACAGUAACUUGACUGUGAGAGCGGUGAAGGGAAAACAUGGAGGCAUGUUGUGGAUGGAGUUUGACAGUUUUUCAAUUUAAAUUCAAGCAUCAACAGUGAACGCAGAAGCAAUAUGAAGACGAGCAAAGAAGAUGCAGACACACACACCAUGAGGCCUGUGUGAACAUCAGAGGAGUGAUAUGAUUGCAGAGCCCACAGCUGAAGCACCAUGCAGGCCUUCAGGCCAAAGGAAUAGGAAGGAUAGGAACUCUCAGGAUGAGGCCAUCUCCUCUGGGGCUGUAAAUCAAUCGGAGGAUGAGUCAGGAAAUGAGAAUCGACAGAAGAACGUGAGAAAGAGAAAAAGAGCUCACAGCUCGGAAAACGACAAAAGCCCAAGUCCCAGAGCCGGCCGCAGCAGUGCUGGCAGAGCUGGAGGCAGCUCUAGUAAAAGGAGGCACGUGGAGGCAGUUACACUGUUUGAGGUGGUUACCAUGGGCAGAGAUGCAAUGCAGGUGGUGAUAGACGACUGGAUUGAAGCGUAUGUGGCCGACAGAGACUCAUCUCUUCUUGACCUCAUCAACUUUUUCAUUCAGUCCUGCGGCUGCAAAAGUGUGGUUACGGCAGAGAUGUGUCAUAACAAAGAGGACAGUGAUGUGAUGAGUAAAAUGGUUGAGGACUUGGACGAGGUAGCGUGUCUACAGUAUAAAAGGUUCCUGGCUUUUCCUUGGAUCCUCACAGUCACAUGGCCCAUAGACACAGACAGUGUGGAAUAUCCCCUCAUACAGUCUGGUCCCUAUGGUCACUGGUUCCACUCCGGGUUUUGUGACUUUGUGUCAGUGCUGGUGGCCCAAUGUCAGCAAAGUGUCAUCUUUGAUGGUUACUUGAUGAACUCACUGAUCUCGCUGCUGGCUGAGCUGUCAGACUCCUGCAUACGAGCCUUCAGACACACUUGUGCACUGGCAGCCAUGAAGCUCCUGAGCGCUCUUGUGGGUGUGGCUCUAAGUUUGAGUGUGGGGAUUGAAAACAAUCAGAAACUGUACCAGUUGCAGAAGACGAAGCCUGUUCGACAGAGAAGCAAACCACAACUGGAGAGAAUUAAAAACAACACCUCAGAGCUGCAGAUGAAGAGAGCAGAGAUAGAAAACAUGAUGGACACCAUUUUCAAAGGCAUUUUUAUCAAGAGAUACCGGGAUGUGCUUCCAGAAAUCCGCUCUAUCUGCGUAGAGGAGCUGGGUGUGUGGAUGAAGCUCUACAACUCUGCAUUUCUCAGUGACACCUACCUCAAGUACAUGGGCUGGAUGAUGUAUGACAAAAUUCCAGACGUGCGUCUGAAGUGUGUGUUAGGUUUGCAGGCUCUGUACGGAGAUCCGUCGCUUUUUCCUAAACUUGACCUUUUCAGCAGCCGUUUCAAGAAGCGGAUGAUCUCCAUGACUCUGGAUAAGGACCAUGAAGUUGCAGCACAGAGCCUGAAACUUUUGGUUCUCAUUGCCAAAACAUCAGAGGACAUGCUCACUCCUGAGGACCACAGUUAUCUCCUCCAGUUUGUCUACUCUUCACAGCGACUGCUAGCAUCCACUGCAGGAGAGCUGCUCUACUCCACCAGGCUGCUCAACAACACUGAUGCGCUUAGAUCUAAUUCUCUGGAUGAAAUAAAUGAGGAGGAGUCUCACAGGCUGCAGACCUGUGGCAGAGUGAAGGCUCUGCUGCACUUUUACCAGGAAUCCCAGCUUCAUGAACAUGUGGUGUAUCUGGUGGACAGUCUGUGGGACUGUGGUGGAGCUCUGCUGAAGGACUGGACCACACUCACGUCUUUACUGCUGCAGGACGCCACGUCACACAGGGCAGGUCUUACACUGUCUGAACAAACGGUGCUUGUUGAGAUCCUGGUGGCAUCAGUGCGUCAGGCCUCAGAAGGACCAGUCUUGGCUGGCAGGAGUGGAGCCAAGAAGGUCAUUAGUGUCAAAGAGAAGAAAAUCCAGGUGGAUGACUGCACUAAAAUCACUGAGCAUUUCCUGACUGAGCUGCCAAAGUUACUGUCAAAGUUUUCAGGUCACUGUGACGCCGUGGCCUCCCUGAUGAAGAUCCCCCAGUUUUUUGUCCCUGACUGUCCUGUUGAUGAUAUCACACAGGUCUUGUCCAGCCUGCUGACAGAGAUACAGGCUGCUUUGGACAUCCACUCCAGUCCAGCUGUUCUAGAGGCGGCUGCUCGUACAUAUCUGUAUUUGUGCAGCAAAGAGACGACCUGGUCCUCCAUAGUCAGAGACAAGAGAGACUCUGUGGUUCAGACCUGGGUCGACCAACUGACAGUUCUGCUAGGAGAGUCACUCAGGGAGGACUGUUUCUCUGCUGAUGAAAUGAAAACUGGAAACAUUUCAAGCACACUGAAGAAACUGAGCGCUUUUCACAACUGUCACGACCUGCAGAAGUGGGAUCUGUUCCAGCUCCUCUUUCCUCUUCUGUCAGUGAGAGGCAGACGUGGAGAAGAAGAUGGAGCUCCACCCGAGGUGCUACUGGAGACUCUGCGGUGUCUGUGUUACUCCAUGCUCUGGUCUCUGAACACAAGCGGUGAAACUCUAACAUCCAGAGACAAGACUGUGGCCCAGCAGCAGCAGCUGUGUCUCUUCUGUGAGAGGAGUCUUCACUGUCUGUCUCACCCUGACAAUAGGGUACGUCAACAGGCUUUCCAGGGAGUGUGUGAUGUCCUGUCGGCUCACUCCUACCAGCUUCAUGUCUGGACUCCCACCUCCUUUGGUCCACUAGUCUACACUCCCAGUCCCAAACUCCAGAGGGCGCUGUCCAACUUUGUAUGCACGCAUGUCUUCGCUGGCUCAGACUGUGAGAGACAGAGCAAGGUCAUCGAACACUCGGAGCUGGAGCGGCUGGAAAGGCUUCACACGCGGAGAAACCUGCUCGCUGCCUUCUGCAAGCUCAUAGUGCACGGCGUGCUGGAGAUGAGCACGGCCGCCGAGGUCUACAUGCACUACAUGAAGUUUUACAAUGACUUUGGAGACAUCAUCAAGGAGACGAUGUGCAGAACCAGACAGAUGGAUAAGAUAGAAGGUUCUCGAACCCUUGUUCUCUGUUUACAGCAGCUGUUUGUGCAGCUUAAAAAAGAGCAGGAGGGCAGUGGUCCGGCCAGAGCAGGAGUCCAGACGUUCACCAGCAUCAAGGAGCUGGCCCGGAGGUUUUCGCUGACCUUUGGGGACAAGUACCGUGAAUGUCUUGUCAUGAUCCACAGGACUGGAAUAGAGUUUGUCUUCCAAGGUUUCAGCCCGAGUCCAGAAACAGCUACACCACCAUAUGUUUCCUACCUGACCAUCCUCAGUGAGUUCUCCAGCAGACUGCUGCGACCAGACAAGAAGGCAGUCUUCUCGUACCUGCAGAAACAAACAGCAGACCAUGUCACUGACUUCAGAGAGGAGAGCUGGAAGCCUCUACUCCAGUAUCGAGCUUCUCUAUUGGCUGCAGCCAAAGGGGAAGAUGCUGCAUCCAACGUCAGCUCUGACAGGAAACACAACCUGCCAGGUCGCUCUGCCGUCUCCAAACAAAAACAAGAAGGAAGCAAGUCUCCCUGUGGGUUCAGCCCUGCUGACUCCAGAGUCAAUAAAAGCCACAGAGACCAUCUGAGUCCAAGUUACCUCCUCAGCCUCCAGGAGAGGACGGCUGAACCACUCCACCCUUCUGUAGGACGAGCAAACCUAGAGGGUGUCAUCAUCAGCAGCAGCGAGGAUCAAGAGGAUGAAACCGUGGAGGUAGAGCUCUGACCCUGGUGGGUCACUGGUGUCACAGACCAACUCUUUAAAGACCUAAGUGGACAUUGGAAACUCUGGAAGAGACAGACUUGACAUCCUUGUUUGCUGUCGUGUGAUCAGACAUUGACAUGUCACAGAGAUGGGUUUAUUUAAAUUGUUUUUUUAACAUUAUUUAAUUCAAGAAGACACAAGCUUUCAGAUCUGAAGACAAGCUCUCAGAAUCUUCAAAAAUCAAGGAAGAAACAACAAACAAACAUCAAGGCUGUCUCUUUAAUAACUUAAAUAGGAUAAUCCAACAGUGAGUCACACAUUUAGUACAUUCUUUUCUUUAUCAUAAAUAUUGAAACUAUUUUAUUUGAAUCCUGACCGUGUGUCCUGCUAAACUACAAAAUCACCACAGGGUUCAGACCCUUUUUACAAGGUCAAAUUCAAGCACCUUUCAAGCUCUUUGCGAUUUAUAUUUCAAGCUUUUCCAGCACUUUACAGCUUUUAUCUUUUAUCUUGGCUGACCUUAUAGUAUUUCUGAUAUUUAUGGUUAAUUUAUAACUUUUUCUUCCCCAUUCGAUAGCUAUCUAUUGGUCCAUUUUAGGGCCAACGUGGAGCUGUUGGAGCAAUACCUAGCUGAAAUGAAGGUGUAUAUGCUAAUGUUUAGCUUAUUUGGGCUUAAAGUGUAGGACAAUGUUGUUUACACCAUGAGCUUCUUUGAGUUUGUAAAGAAAUCUUUUAAUUAGCCUUUUUUAGGUAAUUUGUCAAAUCAGCUAUUUCAAAGAAAACCUCUAUGAAAUCAUAGCUUUUUGCUUACUUUCAUUAAACUUAUGGCACUUUUUUUUUACAAAAAAAAAAAAAAUCAGCCUUAUUUGUAACUAUUUUAUCACCAUCACAGAAGAAUCUUCAUUUCUACUUUUAUAAACCAAACAUACUGUGUCUUUGUCUGAUGAUUCCCCAAAUUCUAACUGGUGUCUUCAUGGGGUCACUGCACUACUGAUUGAUCAGCUUUACUUUAAAUACGAUUAUCAACUUCACUUACUGUAUUGUGUACUUUAACGGAUGUACUGGAUAUUAUACUAAAGAUAAAGCUAACACUAAAUUGCUACCAUUUUGUUUUACACUCAGGUCUGGGAUUUGUUUGUCAUUUAUUAUUGUUCUUCUUCUUUACUACCUUUAUUAUUACUCCCUAUAGGGAAUGACUGGGUAAUGGUUUUUAAAGCUUGCUCCAUGUUAUACCUGUAAACAUGUGGUUUUUAAUUAUGUCACCAUUUCCUGAAACAUUCUGUGUGCAGGUUUGUGACACCAACAAAAUGUCAUUUUUUUAGACUUGAAAUGUUUCCUAAUGUAUGUAAAAAAAAUUAAUCAUUGAAUAGCAGAUAAAUCCAAUGACUGCUUUCUUUACUCUUCCAUAAACCAAGGCUUUAUUAUUAAUUUUAAGAAACAAAAAACCAACCUAAAAUUGGUUCCAUUUGUUCUGACAAAGUACUUUCAGAGUUUGUACUUCAUAAAAAAACAUCUAAAACACUUGCUCAAAUCAUUUACACCACAGCAAGCUGCAAAUACAUAUUUACACAGAUUAAUUAAUCCAUCUCUAAUAAUUUAUCAUUUUAUCUCACACACAAACACAGAAAAUCCAUAUGGUGAAGAAAUGAAGCCUGUACAACACUGUGUGUGUGUGUCUGAGAGAGAGAGUGUGUUUUAUCUGUGUGUGUUUGUUGUUCAACAUUUACAGGAACUUGGUUUUUAAUUACAGCCGCAGAGAAAACAUCAGUUGUUGUGAUCACUGGAAUGUAAAAAUGAGCCAAUGACUUGAUGAUGAUUAUUAUGACCAGUUUGUUCUUUAGCUCUGAUGUGUAGAUGAUGUGACGAAAAAUACUACAGUGGUGUUCAGAAAAGAAAGGAAAAAAGAAAAAAAAGAAAACAAAA